CCACAGGUUCAUUUCGUCCUCCAAUUGGAUGAUGGAGCACACAUUCGGGGAGGAGCAGCACGAGCAGCCAAAAGGGAGGAAAAAAUGUGAAGGGUGAAAAAAAGUUCCUUGCUGUGUAGACUCAUGCUCCUCCAGCUUCACUUUUAGCCGUCUCAGUUUCCCAAAUGUUCACUGCAGCAGUGUGUGCUCUCUCCGGUUCACCGUGGCGAGCUGUGGCUUAAAAAAAAGGACUUUCAGACCUUUACGACAGAAGAGAGAACUUUAACAGAACCGGAGCACACGCGAAAGCUGUGAGAGUUUCUGGGGGGAAGCAGUUUGGGGAGGUUUUACGCAUUGCGCAGGAUGCAGGCGCGCUACUCCGUCUCCAGCCCCAACUCUUUGGGAGUUGUACCGUACAUCAGCAGCGACCAGAGCUACUACCGGGCCGGCGGUGGAUACACCGGGAUGCCGGCGCCUAUGAGCAUGUACUCCCAUGCGGCCCACGACCAGUACCCGGCCAGCAUGGCCCGGGCGUACGGACCGUACACUCCUCAGCACCAGCCGAAGGACAUGGUCAAACCUCCGUACAGCUACAUCGCUCUCAUCACCAUGGCGAUCCAGAAUUCACCGGAGAAAAAGAUCACCCUGAACGGGAUUUAUCAGUUUAUCAUGGAGAGAUUCCCCUUCUACCGGGACAACAAGCAGGGCUGGCAGAACAGCAUACGGCACAAUCUGUCCCUCAACGAGUGCUUUGUCAAAGUGCCCCGGGACGAUAAGAAGCCCGGUAAGGGCAGCUACUGGACCCUGGACCCGGACUCCUACAACAUGUUUGAGAACGGCAGCUUCCUGCGGCGCCGCAGGAGGUUCAAAAAGAAGGACGUGCAGAAGGAAAAGGAUGAGCGGGACAGGCAGGGCAAGGACCCUUCUUCCCGCACCCCGGGUCGGGAGCAGGAUCAGCCGGUGCAGGGCUCUCAGCCGGUGCGGAUAAAGACUGAGAACGGGACCUCAACGCCGCCGCAGGCCGCGUCCCCAACCCUGAGCGCCGUACCCAAGAUCGAGAGCCCCGACAGCAGCAGCAGCAUGUCAACAGGCAGCCCGCACAGCGUGCCCUCCACCCGGUCACUCAGCAUGGACGGACCCGAGCACCACCACCAGGGCCAGGCCCCGGCGCAGGGCUUCAGCGUGGAUAACAUAAUGACCUCCCUGCGGGGAUCACCGCAGGCCGAGCUCUCCCCGCCUCUCAUUGCCUCCUCUCGGACAGGUAUCACCCCUUCACUGUCGCUCAACUAUUCCCCCAACCAGACAUCCGCCUACAACUCGACGACCUGCAACCAGAACGUCAUCUCCACAAACUCCAACGCGACCUAUCACUGCAACAUGCAAGCCAUGAGCCUGUACGCAGGGGACAGAUCAUCCGGCGGCCACCUGGCGCCGUCCACCACGGUGGACGAGGCUCUGCCCGACUAUUGCAUCACCACGACCACCGCGUCCCCGCUCGGGCAUAGCAACCUGAGCCAGGCGGGCCAGGACGGCCACCACGCGCACCAGGGCCGGCUCGCGUCCUGGUACGGGGACCUGAGCCACUUGAGCCCGGGUUACCCGGCGCAGCAGCAGAACUUCCACUCUGUGCGGGAGAUGUUUGAGUCCCAGCGGAUUGGGCUGAACGGCUCCCCGGUCAACGGGAAUAAUAGCUGUCAGAUGGCCUUCCCGUCCGGCCAGUCCAUCUACCGCACCUCAGGAGCUUUUGUUUAUGACUGCAGCAAGUUCUGAAAGCCAAAAUGUGUCUUUUAAAUUAAUAACUCUAAUAUAUAUUUUCUAUAUUUUUUUGUACUUUUGGUCUUUUAUUCACACUCCGAAUGGACAUAAGAGAUUCUGAGAUGUUUUUUGUCGAGGCGUGUGUAACACCAAAAACACGUAAGUUUUCUUCCCUCUCACUUUUGAGAAUUGUUUAUAAAAAUGACUACCAGCUUUUAUGACUACAGACUGUAAAUUAUAGCCUAAUAUAGUAAUUUAUUUUUUAGGAAAAGGGAGUGGUUGGAUAUUGAGGACCAAACACUUAAACGUUUUUCCAAUUUUCUUAUUGCUGACUUUAUUUGUCCCAGUUCUUGUAUAGAAAUAGAGGGGAGACUUUGUAGCCUAUACUGACUUAUUUUAUUCAUUUUGUCUUAUUUGUUUUAAAAAAAAAAACUAUUUUGAAGGCAUUACAUUUUGUUUGUUUAAUAAAGUGCCGUCUAUUUGGUUUUAA